AUGCCCUUGAAACCGCACAAGAAGUCGCGAUCGAAAGCUGUCAGUCACCCGAAUCAAGAGAAACCGGCCAAAGAAAAGAAGCCCCAACCCAAUCGAGAUGAGCAGGCUCGCAGAGAUCAGGAGCGGAAGGAACGAGAAUUGGAGGCCAGAGAAAACGAGGAACUCGAAUUGGCCUUGGCUCUCAGUGCAAGUGAAGCUGAAUCAAAGGAGAGGGAGCGACGUGCUCUGCAACGAGCACCACAGAAAACUACUGAGCCACCAGUGGACACCAUUGGGCCUGCUGAAAAUGGCCCGUUGAAGUUGCUGCCUGUUUUGGAUACGUCGGAUAUGGAUCCAGAGCUGGCGCGAUAUUUGAACAGACAUUAUUGGGAAAACAGAGCAGCGUCGUCUAACCAGCUGACUAACAAGUCAGCCCUUGAUGACCCGCAUACUUCACCUGGGCCACAGCCCAGCGCUCCAAUUUAUUCCAGUCCGAUUCCGACUCCAGUUAAAACUGGCAAUCCAUCAGGACCGGGAGUUGUUCAAACCAAUGGAUUAUUGCAGUCUGGAAAUGACAACAACACUGUCUUCGAAUCGGAAUCGACUUUUCCUGGUGUGCCGGAAUUAACAACACCAAAGCAGGAGGAAUUCCUCAAUGCCCUGAGAGCCAGUGUGGAGUUCUUUGUCAAUCGUAUGCAGAGUAACAGUCAGCGAGGUCGGAGCAUUGCCAAUGACACCACAGUACAAGCUUUAUUCCUCACUCUUCAUGAAAUGCAUCCGCAAUUACUCCAGUAUAAACAGGCGAUGGAAGAAAGACGGGCCUAUUUCGAGGGUCUACAAGACAAAAUAACUCAGUUGCGCGAUGCGCGUGAAGCGUUGGAUGCACUGCGACAGGAACAUGCCGCCCGUCGCCAAUUGGAAGAACAAGAGGCUGCUCGUCUUCGACAAUUGCAAAUGAUGCAGAAACUGGAAGUGAUGCGGCAACAGAAGCGAGAUACGCUCGAGUAUAGGCGCCGCCUGGCUAUGGAACAAACAAUGCAAUACCAACAACAAUAUCAGCUUCCACCUCAAUCAAUGCAACACUCCAUGGAUCCGGUCACAGGAAUGCCCAUAACUAUGCCCAUCGGGCCCUAUCCAGGCGGUUACCAAAUACCAAACCCGUCUUAUUCUAUGGCAGGACCAACUCAGGGAAUGUACAUUCCACCAAGCAUGGAAGCAUCACUUCCGGCUCCUCAAGCCGGGACGGACCCAAGUAGCAUGUAUCCCUCAGCCGCUGCUGCCCACACUCCUGGUCAACAUCCAUCAGCUAACACAAUCGCAGCGGAAGAUCCCAGUACUGUUCAACCACCCUCGUACUCACAGUUACCUGAUAGACCAGCAGAGGAUUCUCAACCGGCCACAUCGACGGGAAACUAUCCAAGCACGGGCUAUUCACAGCCUCAAGCUGCUUUGCUGGAGGGCCAAUUGAUUUCUUUUGAUUGA